AUGGAAGCACAUAUGUCAAUUCAAUAUGACCUUUUUGAGAAAUUAAAGAAGGCGGAACUGAACUUCCGGAAGUCACCAAAGGAAAGAAUUAAACCAUCAUACAUUGAGACUCGUUUAGAGAAUUUGGAAGACUUAUGGAGAGAAUUUAAAGCUGGUCAUCGGAAGAUUAUUGCUUCAAUAUCUGCAGCGGAAAAGCCUAAGACUAAGUACUUCUCGGAUGAUUUAUAUGAAGAAUUUGAGGAAUUCUACACAACGUUUAAAUGUGUCUUAAAAGAUGCCUGUGCAACUGUACCUAAAAGCAAUAAUAAUAUUUCUAGUGUAAGUGUAACUAAAGAAGAAGUGAAACUUCCCACCAUACAGCUACAAACAUUCAGUGGAAAGUAUGAAGAUUGGCAAGCGUUUCAUGACAUGCACAUUUCUAUUGUUCAGAAUAAUGCAUCUUUGAGCAAUGUUGAAAAAUUUCAUUAUUUGAAAUCCAGUUUAACCGGAGAAGCUGCAACUUAUUUGAAUAAUUAUGCUACAACGGAUCAAAAUUAUUUGGAAGCCUGGAAACAAUUGGUGAAACGUUAUGACAAUAAGAAAUAUAAUGUUAAUACUGUUAUGAAAAGGCUUUUUUCACAAAAGAAGAUAACACAUGAGAUUUCAACAGGAUUGAAGAGUUUAAUUGAUACUACAUCAUCUUGUUUAACGUCACUUUACAAUAUGAAAAUUAAAACAGAUAAUUGGGAUACAUUUAUUGUAUAUUUUGUUGUUACUCGGUUGGAUGCGGAGACUCACAGAUUAUGGGAGAAUCAUGACAGCCAAUUGAAUCCAGAGGAAUUGGCUACCUGGACACAACUUUUAUCCUUCUUGGAGACAAGGUUUAGAACUUUGGAAAAAUUUGAAGCUGUGAAGCAUACACCAAAGUCUCAGCAGGCUACUCCCGUCGUUAAACAUAAAUCUUUUCACAGUUCCAUUCAACGUAAAGAAUCUGUUGACAACAUUUGUGCAUUGUGCGAAGGGCCACAUUUUAUAUACAGCUGUAAAAGCUUUCUCCAGCAGCCAGUGAAUGCCCGUCAGAGCACAGUAGAAGAUAAAAGAUUGUGUUUCAAUUGCCUAUCAUCUACCCACACUGUUAAGAAAUGCCGCCAUUCAACGUGUUGCAAAAAAUGUGGAAGGCGACAUCAUUCGCUGCUUCAUCGCGAAAGGGAUAAUGCGCAAGAGAAUCUUACGCAUAAUCAGCACUCACAGAACCAAGACAGAUCAUCCCCAUCAAACUCAUCAACUGAGACGAAGAUUUCAGCCCAUUUUUCGAAAGUGAACCCCGUUCCAUUGUCAACUGAAAUUCAUGUCUCAGCCCAUACAACUAGAGAAACUAGUCACGAUGUGGUUCUCGCCACAGCCAUAAUCAAAGCGUAUUCUAGAAAUGGUGUUAAACAUAUAGUGAGAGCGUUGCUUGAUCAAGGCUCACAAGCAUCGUUCAUUUCUGAAAAGACUGUACAAUUACUUGGACUUCCACGCAUUCCCAUAAAUGGUUUGGUGUCAGGUCUUGGUGAGGGUUUAGCUAGGAGUAAAUACAUGGUCUCAUUAUUCAUUGAAUCGUAUCACAACCCGUCUACCACAAUCCAAGUAAAUGCUCACGUUUUAAGUUCGUUGACUACUCAUAUUCCAUCUCAUAGAUUGCAUACGCCCAGUUGGCCAGAUGUACAUAAUCUUACAUUGGCUGACCCAAGUUAUAAUAUUCCAGGUAAAAUAGACGUUCUUUUAGGAGCGGAUAUUUACAGUGAAAUCUUGCUUAAUGGUGUGCUUAAAAAUUCACAGGGUCUAGUAGCGCAAGAAACUACGUUAGGAUGGAUUUUAUCAGGUAAGCUUCCACAAAGUUCAGAAAGAUUAACAAAUAGAAGUAUAACUAUGCAUGUUCAAGAAAGAAGCGACGAGCUUUUAAAGAAGUUUUUUGAAAUGGAAGCAGAACCAGACAGUAUAGAAAGAAAAUUAUCGCCAAGUGAAAUAAAAUGUGAAGAGUUAUAUGACGCAACAACUACGAGAAAUUCAGACGGAAGAUUUAUAGUUAAGUUACCAUUCACUAGUGACGAUCCUCAAUGCAUGUAUGGAAAUUCAAAAGACAUAGCAGUAAGAAAAUUGAAAGCGUUAGAAAGAAGACUUAAACAAAAUUUAGAAUUAUACGAAGAUUACCGAAAAGUUUUAUGUGAAUAUUUGGAACUAAAUCAUAUGAUAGAAAUUGAAGAGACAGAUAUCGAUAACCCAAAGGCAGUUUAUUUACCUCAUCACGCUGUAGUAAGGAAGGAAAAGGACACUACUAAGGUCCUAAACUACAGCAAGAUUUGA